CGCUUUCCGCGAUGGAGCAAGUCCUGAAGAAAUUGGACGGUGUGGAGAAAGCUCUCCACCGCUCCCAUGCGGGGUCGUCCUCGCAAUCUGCUCCUCCUGCUGCUCCAGUCGAUCCUCUCGCCGCGCUCUUGCCCCAUAAUCCUGUGGGAUCCCCGGCGCGCUCAGUUCGUCCGCUGCCUGCGGGGACUGGCUUUGUUGGCGCGGGUGGCGGGGACCCGUGGGCCCAGUUCGCUCCGCCACGUCCCCUCCCUGCUCCUCGUGAUCUGGCAGUGUCGGCUCGCCGAUCUCGCGCGUCUGCAUUCCCCCCGCAGAUGAAGCCAGUGCCCACGGCGACCCUGGCGCACUUGUGGUCGUUGGCGGAGUGCCUGCAGAGCCUUGAGCUGAUUCUCCAGGAGUCGCAUGGCUCCAUGUUGGAGACCCCGCCGAGCACGUUCUCUCAGAUGCCGCGAGCAAGGUGUCACGCGGCGGCGUCAGCAUUAUUCUCGUUCGUAUCGCCACUGCAGGUCGCGCCCUCGCCGGGAGUAGUCUCGGCCACCCUGCUGGCUGAGACGGCCCUGGGUCUGAGGACCCUUGUAGCAACUCGUGGAACUCCUGUUGACGUUGUCGGUGCCACCGCGUCAGUGGUCCGCCAGAUGUGGCUGACCACGCGCGAAAUGCUUGGUGAGCUUGAGGCGGACCGCAUGUAG